UGUGGUAACUACUUGAGAUUUCUUUGAAAUACUGCUGAAGACAAGUUUGAAUUUUGACAAUUAUUUAAAUAUUCUGUUUAACUUCAAGAGUUAUUGUGGCAACGUUGGAUGCAUUAAAAUUGUAAAAUUGUUGAAUGCAGAACUACGUCAGAGGACGUAUUUGCACGUAUUUGAACGUAUUUUACCAGUGGUUGCGCGUGUCUGCAUCAGUCUUUAAUAGAAAGCAACUGGCAACUGUGUGGUAGUUUGGUUGCCUGUUUCCAUAUGCCGUUUGCCUGCGUUUGGCUUUGAAACGUUCCAAAAACCACUUAUCUAAUGUAUUUGUAAUCAAAGUGAAUGUCAGAUGCGAUGUUUACUAUGAUCGUGAAACAAUAACGAUAUGUGAAAUCCCAGUGAUUAGUAGUUUCCAGGACUUGGACUUAGCGGGCAAUGUUUUUUAUUUUUUUGUAUCAGUGAGUUUGUGCAGAGCAGAGAAUCAAAAGAUGAAUACCCAAGUGAUAUCAGGGGGCGAUCGAGGCAACAUUUUCUCAACGCUGAACGUAUUCGCAUCCCCAAGCACUUCCAAUGCGAAUAAUAAAUUAGAAGACGAAAAUGGUAUAACAGAUGUUGAGGGAAAGGUGAAAACACGAUUGAUGUCAAUGUGGAAUAAUGUAAAAUUUGGAAUGAAAUUGAAAACAAAUUUUUCCAAAGAAUCUCCUGUAUGGCUGCUAGGCCGAUGCUAUCACAGAAAAAUAGAAAACCCAGAGACUACAGAGCUAGGCACUGACGUUGCAGCAUUCACCAGUCAAGGAAAUCUGGCUACAAAUGAUGAUGAAGGUUUUGAAGGUUUCAAGAAUGAUUUUAUCAGCAGGAUCUGGAUGACCUAUCGUAGGGAAUUUCCCAUUUUAAAUGGUUCCACAUACAGCAGUGAUUGUGGUUGGGGAUGCAUGUUGCGCAGUGGUCAAAUGCUCCUUGCACAAGCGCUAGCUUAUCAUUUCUUGGGAAGGGGAUGGAGGUGGCAACCAGACCAUAUGCCGACUUCAAGGGAUGCUAUACUGAAAGAUAUAACUCACAGGAAGAUUAUCAAAUGGUUUGGAGAUAAGCAAAGUAGAAAUAGUCCGUUUUCCAUUCAUUCCUUGGUAACGUUGGGCGAGAGUUCGGGAAAGAAAGCCGGAGAUUGGUAUGGUCCAGGCGCGGUCGCACAUAUCUUAAAGCAAGCAGUAAAAGUAGCGGCGGAAGAUAACUAUGAGUUUGAUUCGUUAACCGUUUGCGUCGCACAGGAUUGUGCAGUUUAUGUUCAGGAUAUAUUGGAUGAAUGCAGCAACCAAGAUGGUAAAUGGAAGGCAUUGAUAUUAUUAAUACCAGUACGUCUGGGAACGGAAAAAUUCAAUCCUAUCUACGCGCCCGCUCUAACUGCACUUCUAACAUUGGAUCAAUGCAUCGGGAUCAUUGGAGGCAGGCCAAAACACUCGCUGUAUUUCAUAGGCUACCAAGAUGAUAAGUUGAUACAUUUGGAUCCGCACUAUUGUCAGGAAAUGGUAGAUGUAUGGGCUAACGACUUCUCUCUAAACAGCUUCCAUUGUCGAUCUCCGCGUAAGCUUCACCUGAGCAAGAUGGAUCCUUCUUGUUGCUUGGGAUUCUAUUGCGGCACCAAAAAAGAUUUCUAUACUCUAAUUGAUAAUGUGCAAACGACUAUUAAUGUUUCAACAAGGACUGGAAACGGGCCAGAAUAUCCAAUGUUUGUUUUUUGUGAUGGCUACAGCAGGGAUUCCAGACUAUCACCACAGCACUUGCUGCCACCUGAUUGGGAGUACUCAUUGGAGGGUGGUGAUCUGGAAUAUGCGGAAACGGAAGAAUUCGAAGUAUUAUAAUUGAAAACACACUUGUUUGAGGACCAUUUAAUCUAUUAGAUUAGAAGCUUGUUAAUCGAAUUUUUCCCAUAUUUUAUAUUAUAGUUAUAAUUUUAUUUUUGUUUGUUUAACGAAGUCACAAGAAACAAAUCUAAUUCAGA